AUGCCACCAGACAUCCUGCAGUGCACGGGACAGCUGCGCUGCAAGCAAGGGCCAGCCCCAGCGCCACGUACCCCCCCACACACACAAUUUAGGAGCUCUGGCCGGCAAGUUAGAGGAUGGCUCUUUUGCCCAGAGGGUGACAAGGAGCUUGUGCUUUCCACCGCAAUCGCUCCUUUGCUGGAAAACAACCAUCCACCACCAGAUCUCUGUGAAUUCUUUUGCAAGCACUGCAGAGAGCGGCCCCGGUCCAUGGUGGUCAUCGAAGUGUUCACCCCCGUGGUCCAGAGAAUCCUCAAGCAUAACAUGGACUUUGGCAAGUGCCCGCGACUGAGGCUGUUUACUCAGGAGUACAUCCUUGCCUUGAACGAGCUCAACGCGGGGAUGGAGGUGGUGAAGAAGUUCAUUCAGAGCAUGCACGGCCCCACGGGGCACUGCCCCCACCCCCGGGUCCUGCCCAACCUGGUGGCUGUGUGCCUGGCCGCCAUCUACUCCUGCUACGAAGAGUUCAUCAACAGCCGCGACAAUUCCCCCAGCCUGAAGGAGAUCCGGAACGGCUGCCAGCAGCCCUGCGACCGGAAGCCCACCUUACCUCUGCGCCUUCUGCACCCCAGCCCGGACCUGGUGUCUCAGGAAGCCACGCUGUCCGAGGCACGGCUCAAGUCGGUGGUCGUGGCCUCCAGCGAGAUCCACGUGGAGGUGGAGCCCGCCAGCACUGCCAAGCCGGCGCUGACGGCCAGCGUGGGCAACGACAGCGAGCCCAACCUCAUCGACUGCCUCAUGGUCAGCCCCGCCUGCAGCACCAUGAGCAUCGAGCUGGGCCCCCAGGCCGACCGCACGCUCGGCUGCUACGUGGAGAUCCUCAAGCUGCUGUCGGACUAUGAUGACUGGAGACCGUCUCUGGCCAGCUUGCUUCAGCCCAUUCCAUUCCCCAAAGAAGCUCUCGCACACGAGAAGUUCACCAAGGAACUGAAGUACGUGAUUCAGAGGUUCGCCGAAGACCCGCGACAAGAGGUCCACUCGUGCCUGCUGAGCGUGCGAGCCGGCAAGGACGGCUGGUUUCAGCUCUACAGCCCCGGAGGGGUGGCCUGCGACGAUGACGGGGAGCUCUUCGCCAGCAUGGUGCACAUCCUCAUGGGCUCCUGUUACAAGACCAAAAAAUUCCUGCUCUCCCUGGCAGAAAACAAGCUGGGACCCUGCAUGCUCCUGGCGCUCAGGGGGAACCAGACCAUGGUGGAGAUCCUGUGCUUGAUGCUGGAAUACAACAUCAUCGACAACAACGACACGCAGCUGCAGAUCAUCUCGACCCUGGAGAGCACGGCCGUGGGGAAGCGCAUGUACGAGCAGCUGUGUGAGCGGCAGCGGGAACUGAAGGAGCUGCAAAGGAAAGGCGGGCCCACCAGGCUAACACUGCCCUCCAAGUCCACAGAUGCUGACUUGGCUCGUUUGCUGAGCUCUGGCUCCUUCGGAAACCUGGAGAACCUCAGUUUGGCCUUCACCAACGUAACCAGUGCCUGCGCUGAGCACCUCAUCAAACUGCCUUCUCUCAAGCAGCUAAACCUGUGGUCCACUCAGUUUGGAGACGCCGGCCUGCGGCUCCUGUCGGAACACCUCACGAUGCUCCAGGUGCUGAACCUGUGCGAGACGCCCGUCACCGACGCCGGCCUGCUGGCCCUCAGCUCCAUGAAGAGUCUCUGCAGCUUAAACAUGAACAGCACCAAGCUCUCGGCGGACACCUACGAAGACCUGAAGGCCAAGCUUCCCAACCUGAAGGAGGUGGACGUCCGCUACACGGAAGCCUGGUGAAGCUCCCGCUCGGCAGGAAGGAGUUUGCAACUGCGACACGCAACUCUUGACUAAUAGCUGUAGAGCCGCGGGUCUCGGGGUCCCACCCCGCGUCCUGGCUGUGAGAUAGACGGGGGAGUCUUUCUGGGGGCGGAGGGCGGAGGGGGGAGGGGGUGGGGAGGGGGUCCGUAAGCACGCCCAGCCCCCACCUAAUUCUUUUAGCUUCAUAAUCGGAAACCUUGACCUGAUCUAAAACGGACUUUGUAGCAACCGGAGGAGCGGCAGCGGGUCUGGGAGAGGGUGGGGAGGGGGGCGCUUGGGGAGGGGGGGACCCUUUGUGGAUUUUCUUUGCCUCUGUGUUCAAUGCCAUGUGGGAAGAGUCAACUCUGAUGCCAUCGUCACGCAACCCCGACGGGCCUGGAGGCCGAGGAAGGGUGCCUUCUCCCUCCGAGGCCCUGCCGAGAACUCGCCCCGCGUCGCCAUAUCGCCAUGGGACAAGACCCGGUCACGUCAUCACACCCACACCCGUCCUGUGUCCUCGCCAUUGCUAUGCAAAGUGAUUCUUGUUGUACAUAAGAUUUAAAUAAUGCGCCUAUUUAAGAAACGUUGACAAAUUGCAGGUCUGGGACCUGCUUCUUAUUUAUGAAGUCUUUGACCCGCCCGCCCUCCCGCCCGCGCCGGCCGCCCCUGGCGUGUAGUACUGUACAAACCAGUCAGCUGUCAGGGUAGUGGUAGUAUUCUUGUUAUUUUUUUAAAGGAAACAAACAGACGGAAAAAAAAAAAAAAAAAAAAAAAAAAAAGAACCUCCUUGGAAAAUUAAUUGCUUUUUCGUAAUGGAGUCUCUGUGCUCACGCUCUCAUGUCCGUCCGUCUGUCCGGCCGUCUGCCCGCCACGCCACCGUGCGUUUCGAUCCCAGAAGUCUCCAGUUUCCUCACAGGGUGGAGGUCAGCUGGGGGAGGAGAAGUGGGGUCCCCACAUUGUCGUCUUGCUCCUCUACGGCGCCAGCUUUCUCUCGGCCCCCUUUUACACAUUUGGAGGGGGAGGGUGCUAACCUGUCCUCCCGUCCGUCCGUCCCGCAGGAGAGCUGCCCCGCCCCCUCCCCCGGAGCUCUCCCAUCUGCGGUGGCCUCUGCUGCCCCCGUCCCCGCUGAGGCUCUGCGACCUGUGGCCUCCCCGCCGUCCUGUGCCUCCCGCGGUCCCCUCAUGCAUGCCCGCCUCUCUGCAUGGUCUCUUGGGAGAAGAGAGACGUCGCCUCCACCAGCCUGACUGCCCACCCCGCCCACGAAUGUGACCACUGCAGCGCAGACGCCCCUUCUGCCCCCUCCGUCCCCACACCUGCCCCAAAGACACACCAACCUCUGUUUCUUUUAUAAACAAGCCCUCACUGUACAAAACAGCCCUCAUGGUUUACUUGGGGUCCCCUCUCCCCCAAGCCCCUUCUUCUGUUGGUUUAGCACAAACACAGCCCCCCUUCAGCACCUCCAGACCUAACCCCCAGUCAAUGUAAUUGUUUUAUAUAUAUUUAAUCUUAUUCAAUGGAAACCAUGCUUUUGUCGUUUUAUACUUUGCUAGGUAGACUUUAUUACCCCCCGACUAUGCCCUCAUUUUUUUAAAAAAGGAAAAAAAAAAGAAAUUGGGUUUCAGUCUUAAUUCAUUUUCCGUGCCAGGUUUGAUUUCGUGCGUGCGUGUGAGUGUGUUCCGUUUCGUGUUUUUUGUUGUUGUUGUUGUUUUCUGUUGUUUGGUUUUAUUCGCUCCCCUUCGGUCCCAUACUUUACAGCACUCUGGUGCAGGAAGAAGCAGAAGCAAAAAAAAAAAAAAUUUAAAAAGAAAAAAAAAAAAAAAAGAA